CCCAAAUCACUCCACCAUCUCUACUCCUCUCUCUCUCUAUCUCCCCCUCUCUCUCUUCGACCAAGUUGGGGAUUUCCAGAAUCCGUCGACUUCUUCAAUCCCGCCAGCCACCGCCGAUCGUCCUCGGUGUCCACCGUCAGCCUCCAACACGCGAGAAGUCCGACACGGUGGGAGGUCAGGAUUCGCCGUGACAGCGAAUCGCCUCCGAUUUUGACAGCAGCGGACCUAGCCGUGCGUCGCCGUCGCUGCUGUUCGCCGACCGUCGUUGCGGUGCAGUCACCUCGCCGGGACGCCGCUGAUUCGUCCCUCCGUCGCCCGGGUCAGGCUGCUGCUGUCGCCGGUGGUCGUGCAGCCCCGAAACAUCACCGCAGCCCCCGAUUCGUCAUGAAACCACCCCGAACCACCCCGAAACUGCCUCGAACAGAUAAGUUCCGAUUCCCGAACAUGCCGGGUUUCAAAAUAAGAUGGAACGGAGAAUCCUCCUUGCUGAUUUUCGACUCCAGAACUCUCUGAAUUUGAUUCCCGGUUUCGUGGUGGAAUUAGGAAGAAUGAUAACUGUUUUCUGCUGCCUCGAGAGAAUUUUGUGAUUCAAAGUGAAUUUUAGAGCAGAAUUUGUGUGAGGAGGAGUUAAGCAUAAAGAAUGGAAGAAGCCGCCGCCGCCGUGCUUCAAGUUCUAUUUCAAAAGCUCAUCGAGUAUUCCAGGGAUCAGGUCUCACUUGUUCGAGGUUUCAGAAAUGAAGCCGAGCAGUUAACUCGGACUCUGGGGAUGAUCCAGGCAUUCUUGAGAGAUGCAGAUAUGAGUUCCAUCUCCGGUGGUGCUGUCAUGAAGUGGCUCACGGAUCUCGGAGACGUGGGGUUCGAUGCUGACGACGUUUUGGAUGAAAUCAUAUAUCAUCAACUCUCCGAACAAAGCAAGGCGGAUAAGAUGGCCAACAAACCCAUGAAACGAAAGGUAUUAUCAUGCUUCUCAUUCUGCCUUCAUAUUUCACGUGCUCGAAGUAUGGCUCUUAGAAUCCAACAAAUCAAUCGGAAUUUGAGGGUCAUUAACCAAAGGGCAGCCGACCUUGGCCUCGUCGGGAGACUUGCUGCUGCUGUGCCCACUUUGCCUGACGUUGCUCGUGAAACUGACUCAUUCAGUGUUGAUCCAAUUUUUAUUGGAAGAGAUGAGAUUAAGUCAAAAAUAGUUGAACAGCUUACCGCUUGUAGCACAACUGAUGAACGUAUUUCUAUCCUUGCCAUUGUGGGAAUGGGAGGAUUGGGGAAGACAACUUUGACUAGGGAAGUCUACAAUUUUCUAAAAGACGAGAAUCGGUUUGGAUCACAUAUUUGGGUGCAUGUUUCUCGAAAUCUUGAUCCACUCAUUCUUUUCAACAAAAUCCUCAAAGGAUUGACUUCUCCUAGUCAAGUCGAAAUUGGGGAUAAGGAAGGUGUUUUAAAAGAACUUGAAGUUGCUUUAAAAAAUAAAUCAUAUCUUCUUAUUCUUGAUGAUAUUUGGAAUGAAAGUGUUCUCAAAUGGGAAGAAUUUAUUCAUCCCUUGUUGCGCGUUAGUUCUAUGAAAGGUAAUGUGAUUGUUGUUACCACCAGAAGUAUGGACGUCGCUUCAAUUAUGAAUCCACUUCAUAAACAUGAGCUGCAAAUUUUAUCUAAUGAAGAUUGUUGGUCAAUUAUCAAAGAAAAAACUUUUGGUAAAGAGAAUGUUCCUUUAGCAUUUGAGGCCUCUGGAACUAAGAUUGCAGAAAAAUGUAAUGGUUUGCCAUUAGCUGCUAGCGUAGUUGGUGGAGUUCUACUGUGUGAUAAAUCUGAAGAAAAAUGGCACUCGAUCAAAGAGAAUUGGCUUUCACGCUAUGAAGGAAAUGAUAUGGCACAGAUAUUGAAGUUUAGUUUUGAUAAUUUGUCUCUACCGUCACUCAAAAAGUGUUUUGCAUAUUGUUCGAUUUUUCCUAAAGGUUACAAAUUUAAAACACAGACUCUGAUUGAGUAUUGGAUGGGCGAAGGAUUUCUUGAAGCUGAUGAUAGCAGUGACAUGGAAUCUAUGGGAGAAAAAUUUAUCCAUGUUCUUCUACGCAACUCUUUACUGCAAAUUGCAGAAAGAGAUGUUUAUGGAAAUGUGGAAAGUUGUGUGAUGCAUGAUCUUCUGCAUGAUCUUGCAGCUUCUGUUUUAGGAGGUUCUUUUAAGAAAGGUGAAAUUACCCGAGUUCGAUACAUGUUUCUCAAACUAGAUUCAAGAGUUGUUCUAAAAGAAAAUGAAAGAUAUUUGCGAACAUUGCUGUCCAUGUAUCACAUGAAUGAUUGCAUGUUCUCAAACUUCAAAUCUCUUCAUGUUUUAGCUUUUGAAAGUUGGCAUGCUGAAGAGUUGUCAAGUGAAAUCAAGAAGUUGAUACAUUUGAGAGUUCUUGAUAUUGACGAAUCAUCUGUUGAGUAUCUUCCGGAUUGGAUCGGUGAACUCUUUCACUUGCAGACACUGAGAGCUUGUAAUAGAAAGUUAAAGAAACUUCCAAGUACUUUGAAGAACUUGAGAAACUUAAGGCAUCUUUAUAUUACGAAAGGUGUAGAGUUGUUUGCCAAGAUUGGUCGGUUAACUUCUCUCAGGACCCUACAGUUUUUUAGGGUGGGUGACAAUAAUGGCUACAAAAUUGAAGAGCUCGGAAGUUUGAAUUGUCUCAAAGGAAAACUGGAAAUUGAUAACCUUGAAAGGGUUCGUAAUAAGGAAGAGGCUGAGAAAGCAAAACUAUCUAACAAGCCAAAAUUAUUGGAGUUGUAUUUGGGAUGUCAGACUGGUAGAGAAGGUGAAACUACAAAUGAUGAGAAUGUGUUGGAAGGCCUCCAACCUCACUCUCUUCUGAAGCAGUUGGAGAUUUCUGGAUUUGGAGGCAGAAGCUUUCCAUCAUGGGCUCGAAAUAUGGAAGUUGAUAACGGGCUACCAUUUAACAAGUUGGUUAAGAUAACACUCUCCGACUGCUCAGAAUGUGAAGAAAUCCCAAUGUUUGGGCAGUUGCCAAAUCUCAAGUGUCUUCGGUUGUACAGAUUGAGGAAUGUGAAGUCCAUAAAUUCUUCAUUCUAUGGAGCAGUGAAUGAUGAGACACGUACUGUAUUCCCAGUGCUAGAAGAGCUCAUGUUGGAUGACUUGCCUAAGCUCACAGUGUUGAAGGGAAUAGAAUCAGUGGAUGCAAGUGCUGUCAGUGUAUUUCCUCACCUUCAAAAGUUGAGGAUCGAAGAUUGCCGUGUGUUGACGAGUUUUCCUACCCAUUUCUGGUCUUCCCUCAAAGAUUUGAAUUUUAGUCGUAUUGGCAGCUAUAAGCCUUUGGCAGACAUAUUUCAAACGGAAUUAACAUUGCUAACAGAGCUUUUUAUUGAUGGAGUAGAUGAUGUAGAAAGUCUCCCAGAUUGGCUAUUCUAUAGUAUUCCCAAUCUCUCAAAGUUGAUGAUAUGGAAGUGUUCCAAUUUGAGAGAAAUACCAGAUGGUCUAGGCACCCUCAAUUCUUUGAAAGUGUUUCGCAUAGGGGAUUGCCCAAAUCUGAAAUGGAUAGGAGAUCUUGGCGUACAACAAUCACAAGAAAGUCUCAGAUCCCUUACAAGUUUGGGGAUAUGGAAGUGCGAGGCUUUGCUGUAUUUGCCAUGUGAAAUGCUAGGAUCCUCACUCAAGGAUUUGGGGUUGAGGGAUUUAAGUAGCCUAGAGAAUCUACCCGAAAUAAUUGCCUGUCUCCUAAAAUCCCCCUGUUUAAGUAGCUUGGAAUGGUUAAGCAUAGAUGCUAGUGUGGGGGGAUUAAUGGACAUUGUUAAUGGAUGCAGCUCGCUUUAUGUCUUAGAAUUGGAGGGGAUGGAAAGUUGGGAAAAUCUACCGGAAUCGAUUCAGUAUCUCACUACUCUUUCUAAUUUAUGGUUGGAGAAUUUUGGAAUGGAAGAGUUACCUGAAUGGUUGGGGAACUUGUCAUCUCUAUGGGAGUUGCGUAUACGAAAUUGUAAGAAGUUAAGGCGUCUACCCUCUUUGGAUGCAAUGCGGCGCCUCACUGAAUUAUUCAGCUUAAGUAUUGAGGGAUGCCCAGAAAUAUGUGUUGAAGAAGCAAGUGAUGCAGCUGAUUCUCAAUGGCCCAACAUUUCCCAUAUCCCCGACAUCUUCAUUGAUGGACGCCGCAUCGAUCGUCGUCGUGCUGAAGAACAAAGCUGAAGGAAAGGUUCAUGUUUGAGUUUGAGUUGCUUCUAGAGAGUGAGGAGGUGAAGGAGUGUGCGCGCUUUAAUUUUCUUCAACUUGAUGUCAACAUUCUUCAAAUUCAAACAGGUUAGGCAAUUGUCUGCAUUGUGCGUCUUUCUCAUUCCGCAAAGUGGUGGCAGAAGAAGAUGAAGCAAAGACUUGUGUUAGAGCAACGUCCAAAUUUGCAUCAAUAAUUCAUUUCCAUUCCUAAACCUUAACCCUUUGCUCUGAAACAAUUCUCAGCAUAAAGAAUGGAAGAAGCCGCCGCCGCCUCCUUGCUUCAAGUUCUAUUUCAAAAGCUCAUCGAGUAUUCCAGGGAUCAGGUCUCACUUGUUCGAGGUUUCAGAAAUGAAGCAGAGCAGUUAACUCGGACUCUGGGGAUGAUCCAGGCAUUCUUGAGAGAUGCAGAUAUGAGUUCCAUCUCCGGUGGUGCUGUCAUGAAGUGGCUCACGGAUCUCGGAGACGUGGGGUUCGAUGCUGACAACGUUUUGGAUGAAAUCAUAUAUCAUCAACUCUCCAAACAAAGCAAGGCGGAUAAGAUGGCCAACAAACCCAUGAAACAAAAGGUAUUAUCAUACUUCUCAUGCUGCCUUCAUAUUUCACGUGAUCGAAGUAUGGCUCUUAGAAUCCAACAAAUCAAUCGGAAUUUGGGAUCCAUUAACACCCUGGCGACCGGGCUUGGCCUCACCAUGAGACCUACUGCUGUGCCCGCUUUGGUUUAUAGUGCUCGUGAAACUGACUCAUUCAGUGUUGAUCCAAUUUUUAUUGGAAGAGAUGAGAUUAAGUCAGAAAUAGUUGAACAGCUUACCGCUUGUAGCACAACUGAUGAACGUAUUUCUAUCCUUACCAUUGUGGGAAUGGAAGGAUCGGGGAAGACAACUUUGACUAGGGAAGUCUUCAAUUCUCUAAAAGAUGAGAAUCGGUUUGGAUCACAUAUUUGGGUGCAUGUUUCUCAAAAUUUUGAUCCACUCAUUCUUUUCAACAAAAUCCUCAAAGGAUUGACUUCUCCUAGUCAAGUCGAAAUUGGGGAUAAGGAAGGUGUUUUAAAAGAACUUGAAGUUGCUUUAAAAAAUAAAUCAUAUCUUCUUAUGGAAAUCUAUGGGAGAAAAUUUUAUCCAUGUUCUUCUACGCAACUCUUUACUGCAAAUUGCAGAAAGAGAUGUUUAUGGAAAUGUGGAAAGUUGUGUGAUGCAUGAUCUUCUGCAUGAUCUUGCAGCUUCUGUUUUAAGAGGUUCUUUUAAGAAAGAUGAAAGGUUACAAAAAUUGGAAAGAGUUCGAUACAUGUUUUUCGAAAAUGAUUCAAGUGCUGUUCUAGAAACAAAUGAAAAAUAUUUGCGCACAUUACUGUCCAUGUAUCACAUGAAUAUUAACAUGUUCUCAAACUUUGAAUCUCUUCAUGUUUUAACUUUUGAAAAUUGGUUUGGUGAAGAGUUGUCAAGUGAAAUCAAGAAGUUGAUACAUUUGAGAGUUCUUGAUAUUGACAAAUCAUCUAUAGAAUAUCUUCCUGAUUGGAUUGGUGAACUCUUUCACUUGCAGACACUGAGAGCUUGUAAUCGUAAGUUAAAGCAACUUCCAAGUACUUUGAAGAACUUGAGAAACUUAAGGCAUCUUUAUAUUGAGAAAGAUGUAGAGUUGUUUGCCGAGAUUGGUCUGUUAACUUUUCUCAGGACCCUAAAGUUUUUUAGGGUGGGCGACAAGAAUGGCUACAAAAUUGAAGAGCUCAGAAGUUUGAAUUGUCUCAAAGGAAAACUGCAAAUUGAUAACCUUGAAAAGGUUGUAACAAGGAAGAGGCUGAGAAAGCAAAACUAUCUAACAAGCCAAAAUUAGUGAAGUUGUAUUUGGGAUGGGAUAUUGAUAAAGAAGGUGAAACUACAAAUGAUGAGAAUGUGUUGGAAGGCCUCCAACCUCCCUCACGUCUGGAGAAGUUGGCGAUUAAAGGAUUUGGAGGCAAAAGAUUUCCAUCAUGGACUCGAAAUAUGGAAGUUGAUAAUGGACGUCAAGGUUCUAGGCUACCACUUAACAAGUUGGUUAAGAUAACAGUCUCCGACUGCUCAGAAUGUGAAGAAAUCCCAAUGUUUGGGCAGUUGCCAAAUCUCAAGCGUCUUCGGUUGUACAGAUUGAGGAAUGUGAAGUCCAUAAAUUCUUCAUUCUAUGGAUCAGUGAAUGAUGAUACGCAUACUGUUUUCCCAGCGCUAGAAGUGCUGGUGUUGGAUGACUUGCCUAAGCUCACAGUCUUGAAGGGAAUAGAAUCAGGGGAUGCAAGUGCUGUCAGUGUAUUUCCUCGCCUUCAAUGCUUGUCGAUCUAUGAUUGCGGUGUGUUGACGAGUUUUCCUACCCAUUUCUGGUCGUCCCUCAAAGAUUUGAAUUUUCGUCGUAUUGGCAGCUAUAAGCCUUUGGCAGACAUAUUUCAAACGAAAUUAACGUUGCUAACAGGGCUUUGGAUAGUUGGAGUAGAUGAUGUAGAAAGUCUCCCAGAUUGGCUAUUCUAUAGUAAUCCCAAUCUCUCUUAUUUGACUAUAUUUCAGUGUUCCAAUUUGAGAGAAAUACCUUAUGGUCUAGGCACCCUCAAUUCUUUGAAAGAGUUGUGCAUAGAGGAUUGCCCAAAUCUGAAACGGAUUGGAGAUCUUGGCGUACAACAAUCACAAGAAAGUCUCACAUCCCUUACAAAGUUGGAGAUCAGUAGGUGCGAGGCUUUGCUGUAUUUGCCAUGUGAAAUGAUAGGUUCCUCACUCAAGCUUUUGCGGUUGGAGGAUUUAAGUAGCCUAGAGAAUCUACCCGAAAUAAUUGCCCUUCUCCCAAAACCCCCCCGUCUAUCAUAUCUGAGAAUCACUGGUGGUCCUCAAUUCAGGACCACUUGUUUUGUUGGGAUUCCGCCUCCUUUUUGUAGCUUGGUAUGGUUAAAAAUAGAUGCUAGUGUGGGGGGAUUAAUGGACACUGUUAAUGGCAUAUUGCAAGGAUGCAGCUCGCUUAUUGGCUUAGAAUUGAAGGGGAUGGAAAGUUGGGAAAAUCUACCGGAAUCGAUUAAGUAUCUCACUACUCUUUCUCUUUUAAGUUUGGAGAAUUUUGGAAUGGAAGAGUUACCUGAAUGGUUGGGGAACCUCUCAUCUCUAAGACAGAGUUGUAUAUACAAAAUUGUAAGAAGUUAAGGCGUCUACCAUCUAAGGAUGUAAUGUGGCGCCUCACUGAAUUAGUUAUUGAGGGAUGCUCAGAAAUAUGUGUUGAAGAAGCAAGUGAUGCAGCUGAUUCUCAAUGGCCCAACAUUUCCCAUAUCCCCCACAUCCGUAUUGAUGGAUGCCGCAUCGUUCGUAAUGAAUAAGUCUGAGGAAAGGUUCGUGUUUGAGUAUGAGUUGCUUCUAAAGAGUGAGGAGGUGAAGGAGUGUGUGCCCAUUAAUUUUCUCCACAUGAUGUCAACAUUCUUCAAAUUCCCGCAGGUUUGGCAAUUGCUUACGUUGUGUGUCUUUCUCUUGCCGCAAAGUGGUUGCAGAAGAAGAUGAAGCAAAGACUUGUGUUAGAGCAACGUCCGAAUUUGCUUACCAACAAACUUUGGCGGUUGUACUCAUUUUAUCCCUUAUUGUUGCAUGAAAAUUGUAAAGUGCAAGGUAUUUUAAGAUGUUUGGAUUGGUUUUGUUGUUGUAAUUUAUCAAACAAGAUCCUAUGUUUUGUAGGUAUAUCAUGGUCUUUUGUCAUCACUACUAGAUUAUUGUCACUUGUAUUAGUGCCAUCUAUUAUGGGACGGAAGUAGUACUAUAUUUUAAUGUGAUUUGCUAUUGUGUCA